AUGGCUGAGGGUGACAGGAUUAGCAGAUUGCCGGAUGUCCUCCUUUCUUUCAUCUUAUCGUUUUUGUCAACCAAAGAAGCAGUUGCUACGAGCACAUUAUCAAAAAGGUGGGAAUCCAUUUGGACUAAAGUCCCUGCGCUAAACUUUUCAUUUAAUCCAUCAGGUUCUGUCCACGACUUCAAAGCGUUUGUUGAUAGAGUCUUGCAGUGUAAUGAUUCUCCUUCAUUAAGGCUUUUUCAGCUUUCUGGCUUAUCAAAGACACAAAUCAGGGACUACCAUUAUCAUUCAUGGAUAAAGAAUAUAUUGCGACGGGAUGUUGAUGAGAUAGAUCUUGUACAUGUCGGGGGAAUACUACCUGCUGGGACUUUUUCGAGUAAGAAACUUACGGUGCUGAAGUUGUUUGGGUUAAUAACCCCAUUUCAGGGUUCAGUUCAUCUACCAAGUCUCUUAAUUCUGCACUUAAAAUUCAUUGCAUUUACAGACAAUUUGCCUUUGAAAAAUAUCUUGAUGAGCUUACCUCAGCUUGAAGAAUUGGUUUUAUUUGAGUGCUUGGGAUCGCGAAAUAUGUGUAUUUGUUCUUCUUCUCUAAAGAGAUUGGAAAUCGUUGAGGAAAUGGUGUUUCCUGAAUCUAAACAGAAUACAAUAGAUUGUCCAAGACUAGAAUACCUUCGUAUUAAUGGCAGCCAAUUUUCUGAAUAUGUGUAUGGAAACAUGCCCUCUUUGACUGAAGCUAGACUUCAUGUCGGACUUGGCUUUACUGAACGCUAUGAUGUUGAAUUGAUUAGCCUACUUAAACAUGCUUCUAACCUCAAGACUUUGAAAUUAGAUAUUGCAACGAAAAAGCCUGCUCCUGGGUAUACUGAGCCUGAUCAACGCCCCUUGUUUCUAAACUUGACCCAUGUGAUCGUGGACUACGACUUUAGUUCAACCAACUGCUCAAACUUUUCAUGGCGGUAUCUUGUGCUAUGGAUAUUGCAAUGUGCUCCUAAUAUCGUCUCUUUUGAUUUUUCGAGUAAAGAAGGAAAAUAUGUCAAAAAUAUACGUUUGGAGGGAUUCCCACCACGCUUUGGUGAGCUAUUGGAAUUCCGUCAACAUCUUGUUAAUCCAGAGGAAUACCAACCACAGCUACCUGCACCUUAA